AUGAAGCUGAGAGGGUCCCUGGCCUGUCUCCUGCUGACCCUGUGUCUGGGGAGCGGGACAGCCAGCCCACUGCAGAAUGGAGAAGGCAUAGGAGCAAGCGCUUCUCAAGGAAUGGGAGAUGCUGUUAGCCAGGGAGUUGGAGAGGCUGUGGGUCAAGGGGCCAAAGAAGCAGCCAGCUCCGGAAUCCAGGAUGCCCUUGGUCAGGGGCAUGGAGAGGAAGGUGGCUAUGCACUGAGGGGGGCCAGAGGGGAUGCUUUUGACCACAGGCUCGGGGAAGCAGCGCGAUCUCUGGGGAACAGUGGCAAUGAGGUUGGCAGACAGGCCGAGGAUGUCAUUCGACGCGGGAUGGAUGCUGUCCACAACUCCGAGUCUUGGGGGACAUCUGGAGGCCACGGAAUGCUUGGCUCUCAAGGAGGUCAUGGUAAUCCCGGUGGUCAAGGGACUCCCUGGGCCUCACAAGGCAACUUCGGAACCAACUCUCUGGGUGGCUCUAUGGGUCAGGGUGGCGAUGGCAGGUCAUUCAACUAUGAGGCCAAUGCUCAGGGAGCCGUGGCUCAACCUGGCUACGGGUCAGUGAGAGGCAGCAACCAGAACUCAGGGUGUACCAACCCCCCACCAUCUGACUCUCGUGAAAGCAACUAUGGGGGAAGCAGCAGUGGUGGUGGCAAUGGUGGCCAUGGUAGCAGCAGUGGCAAUAGUCAAGGUGGCAGCAACGGCAAUAGUUAUGGCAACAGUGGAUAUGGCAACGGUGGCCACGGCAACGGUGGCCAUGGCAACAGUGGCCACGGCAAUGGUGGCCACAGCAAUGGUGGCCAAGGCAACAGUGGCAACAGCGGUUCUGGGUCCCGGGACAUAGAAACGUCUAAUUUUGAUGAAGGCUAUUCAGUCUCCAGGGGAACUGGCUCGUCCUCGUCCUCGGGCAGCAGAGGUGGAAGUGGUGGUGGGAACAGACCCGAGUGUGACAACCCAGGGGAUGAUGCACGCACGGCUGGAGGAUCUGGGAAUCAGGAAAGUAGAGAAAGCAGCCGUCUCCUUGGGGGCUCCCAUGACUACCAGGAGCAUGGGUACAACGGGGACAGUGGGCACAAUGAAGCUGUCAGUGGACUCAAAACUAUGAACUCUGACCCGUCUUCCUCGCCUUUCAACUUUGACAGUUUCUGGGAGAAUUUUAAAUCCAAGAUGCCUUUUAUUAACUGGGAUGCCAUAAACAAGGGCCAUCUCCCGUCUCCCAGCACUCGAGCCUUACUCUACUUCCGUAGACUCUGGGAGAAUUUCAAACGCAAGACUCCUUUCUUCAACUGGAAGCAGAUUGAGGGUCCAGAUCUGCCGUCUUUGCAGAAGAGGGCAGGUGGCGCUGAGCAGGUGAGUCUCUCUCCUGAAGCAGCAAGACAAGAGCUGUCAGCUGUCACAUCCAAGAACUACUACAAUAACCCACAGGGGAAUCCUACUUAUAACUGGCAAUACUAUACCAAGGCCACCACUGCCAAGGGAGCAGUCACACCUUCAUCGUCCUCGGCUUCCCGGGCACAACCUGGCCUGCUGAAGUGGCUGAAGUUUUGGUAGAAAAUUUCUUCUAGUCACUGCUGACCCUUCAUGAACACAGGUCUUCAGGGA